AUGAGAGGAGUUUCAGUGGGUUCUAUAGGAAAAGUACAUCCAUCGGGAUUGAUUCAAACACAUCUCUUUACAGAAUGGUUUCAACACUUCAUAGAAUACGUGAAACCAACAGAAGCGUCCCCAGUGCUCUUGAUUCUCGAUGGCCAUUACAGUCACACCAAGAACAUAGAGUUAAUAGAUCUAGCAAAACAGUACCGUACUUUCAUGGGACCCUUAAAAUCGUACUACAGUGAGGAAAUUCGGGUGUUUCACAUAGAAAAUAAUAGGCCCUUAACACAGUACGAUGUCGUUGAGUUAUUUCGGUAA